AUGCAGCUGGAGCAUUGUCUGUCGCCUCCGUCGGGGAUGCUCUGCAAGCGCUUCCUCCAACUGAGCGCGGCGGCGUCGUCGUACCCAGAGCUGGCUGUGCACGAGGCUCCUCUUCCUCCCCCUCCUCCUCCUCUUCUUCCUCCUCCCUCCUCUGACAACCUGGAGCGGGGCUCACCUCUGCGGAAGCUCGCCAGGGGGCCGGCGAUGACGCAGCCGCCGCCGCCGCAUCAGGCCGAGGCGGACAAUUUCGAUGACUCCAAAGACCCGCCAGGGGACGCCCAGCAGCAACCACAGCAUCCUCCUCCUCCUCCUCUUCUUCCUCCUCCUCCUCCUCCUCCUCCAUCUCAGCAGCAGCAGCAGCAAGCACAACAGCACCAGCCGCGCGCUUUGGACAGCCAGGACCCGCUCCAGCUCCGUCCCGCCUUCGAUGGAGCCACGGCGGAGCGCUACUUGCUCUCCUCGCCGGUGGCUCGCGGUGGUGGCAGCGGCGGCAGCGGCAGCUCCUCCUCCUCUUCCUCCUCUUCCUCCUCUUCUUCCUCCUCCUCCUCUUCCAGCCUUCCUCCGCCACCUCCUCCUCCUCCGUGCGCCGCGAUGUUUCCCUACCCGGGGCAGCACAACCCCGCGGCUGCUGCCUUCUCCCUGGCCAGCCCCGGGCGCUACAUGGCGCACCACCCGGCGCUCAGCAACGGCGCCUACAACAGCCUCCUGGCCAACCCGGCAGCAGCGGCAGCAGCGGCAGCGGGCGCUCCGCAGGGCUACCCAUCGGCGGGAUACCCCUACCCGCAGCAGUACGGACCCUCCAGCUACCAGGGCUCGCCUUUCUACCAGUUCCCCUCCGCCGCCGCCGCCGCCGCUGCUCAAGGCGGGCUGGUGCCGGGCAAGGCGCAGGUCUACCUCUGCAACCGGCCGCUCUGGCUCAAGUUCCACCGGCACCAGACCGAGAUGAUCAUUACCAAGCAAGGCAGGCGCAUGUUCCCUUUCUUGAGCUUCAACAUUUCCGGCCUGGACCCCACGGCCCACUACAACAUAUUCGUGGACGUCAUCCUGGCCGACCCCAACCACUGGCGCUUCCAAGGCGGCAAAUGGGUCCCUUGCGGCAAAGCCGACACCAACGUCCAAGGCAACCGGGUCUACAUGCACCCCGACUCCCCCAACACGGGCGCCCACUGGAUGCGCCAGGAGAUCUCCUUCGGGAAGCUGAAGCUGACCAACAACAAAGGGGCCUCCAACAACAACGGCCAGAUGGUGGUCCUGCAGUCGCUCCACAAAUACCAGCCUCGCCUCCACGUGGUGGAAGUCAACGAGGACGGCACGGAGGACAGCAGCCAGCCCGGCCGCGUCCAGACCUUCACCUUCCCCGAGACGCAGUUCAUCGCCGUCACCGCCUACCAGAACACCGAUAUCACUCAGCUCAAGAUAGAUCACAACCCCUUCGCCAAAGGCUUCCGAGACAACUAUGACACGAUCUACACGGGCUGCGACAUGGACCGCCUGACGCCGUCCCCUGGGGACUCUCCGCGCUCGCAGAUGGUGCCGGGGGCGCGCUACGCCAUGGCAGCAGCGGCGGCGGCGGGCUCCUUCCUCCAGGACCAGUUCGUCAGCAACUACGCCAAGUCCCGCGGCUUCCACCACCACCAUCACCACCACCACCACCACUCCGGCGGAGGGGCGGCAGGAGGAGGCGGCGGCGGAGGAGGCGGCGGCGUGGCGGGAGGAGUAGGCGGAGGCGGCGGAGGGCCGGUCCCGGAUCGCGGCGUGCCCCACCCCAACGGGCUGCUCUCCCCGCAGCAGGCCGAGGAGCCCAACGCGCCCUCUCCGCAGCGCUGGUUCGUCACGCCCGCCAACAACCGCCUGGACUUCGCCUCGGCCGCCGCCUCGGCCUACGACCCGGCGGGCGAGCUGGCGGGCAACGCGGCCACCUUGCUGUCCUACGCGGCGGCCGGCGUGAAGGCGCUCCCCCUGCAGGCGGCCGGCUGCACGGCGCGCCCGCUCGGCUACUACCCGGACCCUUCGGGCUGGGGCGCGCGCAGCCCCCCGCAGUACUGCGCCAAGUCGCUCUCGUGCUGGCCCAACGCCUCCUCGGGAGGGACCACCGGCGGCGGCGGCGGCGCCCGCUUGGGGGGAAACCUCUACCUGCCCGGCGGAGGGGGCGAGGAGGUGGAGAGCCUGGCGCCCCCGGAGCGCUCCCCCUUGCCCCCGCCCCCAGAGGACUCCAAGCCCCCCAAGGACUUGUCCGACUCCAGCUGGAUCGAGACGCCCUCCUCCAUCAAGUCCAUCGACUCCACCGACUCUGGGAUUUACGAGCAGGCCAAGCGCCGGCGGCUCUCCCCCGCGGGCACCCCGGCCUCCGAGAGCUCCUCGCCGCUCAAGAGCGAGCCGGCCUUGGCCGCCCCCCGGGACUGCGACAAGGCCGCCCCCUGCGCCAAGGACAUCGGCUACUACGGCUUCUACGCCCACAGCUAGAGGGCCAGGGGCGGGGCUAGGCACCGGCCACGCCCACUCCCACUUUCCCCGCCCUCUUUCCCCUCACCUCUCCACGCCCCCUCCCUUCCCUCUCUUUCGGGCGAGUGCCCCUUCUCUCCUCUACGCACGCGCAAUCCCGCUCUCUUCUCUUCUCUCUUUCUGUCUCCUGCGCACGCGCGCAGGAAAAGAGCGCCAAAGCCGCCCUGAAACGCAUUUCCUUGUGGAAGUGAUGGCGCCACUGAACAAUCCAGCCGCUGCCCACCUGUUCCUCCAAUGUUCUUUCCCUUUAAUGCACUGAUUCCCAACCUUUGGACCUUCAGGUGUUUUGGACUUCAACUCCCAGAAAUCCUGGAGGACCAAAGCUUGGGAACCAGUGCUUUACUGGAAUGCGGUUUAGCACAGUUUCAAAUGCCAUGGCUCAAAAGUAUAGAAUCAAGGGAGUUGGCUGUGGUGAAAGGAGGCACCAGCAUUCUUUGGCAGCCAUUCAAGACUUUGUCAAGCUACAACUCCCAUUUUCCCAUACCACUAUGCCAGUUAAAAUGGUGCCAAGCUGCAUUCAUUUCUUCAGUGUACAGCCAGCCUGGUGGCCCUAUCUAUGUAAUCCUCUUCAGCGCUAUCUCAGUUGGUCGCUAGAUCCAAAUUAACUGCUUUGCCUGAGGCCUAAUGAGUGAAAAAAUUAACACAAUUUGGCACCACUUUGUUCAGGUCUAAAUGCGGAUCAAGUGCAUGGAACUGGAUUAUAUGGCAGUGUAGAUUUAUAUAUCCCAGUUCAAUGCAGUAUAUGCAUUGAUAAUGCAGUUUAAUGUGGCAGUGUGGCUCAGGCCUUUGACUGAGGUGGUUCAAUGCUGUGGAAUCCUGGGAUUUGUAGUUGUACAAGGUUUUCAGCCUCCUCUGCCAAAGGGUGUCGGUGCCUUACCAAACUCCAGCUCCCAGGACUCCACAGCAUUGAGCCAAAGCUAUUAAAUCAGACAUGGGCAAACUUUGGCCCUCCGGGUGUUUUGGACU